AUGAGAAACAAUCCCUCGUCGCCGUUAUCGCUGCACCCGUCAGCGCUCCUCCUCCUCCUCACCGGAAUCCCAGCUGCCGGCAAGUCCACCUUUCUCGCCGCUGCGCAGCGUCAUGUCCUUCAAGGCGAUAACACCUCGAGAAAGGUGCCGCUCUUCGGUGGCCGCUGUCAAGGUCGCAUAUGCUCUGUGCUACAGCUCGAUAAGGUGCUCGCAGAUCUCGAAGCUGCGACGGCGCACAAACAACACCCAGUCGCCCCAGCUGGGGAACGUAAGUUUAGCCCGCUGCUGUGGAGGCAAGCCACAAGGCGGCUUUUGGAACUGACUCAGUCGGCGCUACGCACAUGUAUCACAGGAACCGUUAACGGCGACGCGAGAGAGGACGCGGUCGUUCCCAUGGUGCUUGUAGAAGAUAACAUGCACUACCGGAGCAUGCGAGAGCGCUAUUAUCAAAUGUGUCGAAGCCUAGAAAGGGAAGUGUACUAUGCACAGACACCGCACGAUUCCCCAACAACUUCGGCACAGUCGCGGCAACCCUUCAUUGUACUUUUCGAGCUCCGUUUUGCCACGCCGUUGGCCGUGUGCCUCGCGCGCAACGCGCGACGUGGUAAACCGCAGGAGGGGGCUGGUAAAGACCAGGCAUGUGAAUCUGCUUGGGUGCCACCGCCGGUGAUCUGCUCUAUGGACGCUUUGUUCGACCACUGUUACGCGCGCACCGACCGUGUGAACCCUGCAGCAGGGGAGCCGUGCCGUUUGAAUCCAUGGCAGUGGACUACAACGACGCAGCCGUGGGGGCUCUUGGUGCAUGCCACGCAAGCUGUUGAGACGGACGAAAGUUGGCCAGCCGUAUUGCCGGAAACAGCAGUGAGUUUCUUCGAUGUGGCACUGCAGCAGUCUGAGGCGUGGGACGCAUGUCAGAGGCAGUGCCAGGAGAUCGCCUGCACUCACCUUCAGCGGUUACGCGAAGAUGAGGACAUUGAUGAGGCCACACGUCGCCGGCGGGCUGCGGAGACGGCACUUUCCCACGCCCAUCGGCUAGACCUGCAGCUUCGGGGCAUCGUACACGCGUUCCUUUCUCAGCGGAAUCAUUGGAAAGCGCAUGGCACUGAAAGCGUGUUGUCGACGCCGCAGGGCGCGGCCCUCUUCCGCAAGAGCAUUGCAGCCGCCAAGCAAGAGGCCGCACAGCGGUUCAGAGUGCAGCUACGGCAACUGGGUACGGAGAAAAACGAACCGACGGACACGAUCGCCGUUGAGUUGCUUGGCGGUAGCAUCGAUGACCUUCAGGAACUGGUUGUCCAAGAGUUCCAGCAGCGUGUUCUGGACCUCUGGCGAGAUGCUGAGGUGUGUGUUCUUCCUACGCCACACACACAGUGA